UAGUUGCUUUCGGUUUCUUCUGCAGCUGUUGGUAACAAAGCCGCAACUGUAACCAUGGCGGCCAUUUUCUUAUUAACUUUAUUGGCGUUUGGCGCCCACGCACGAGUAUUUCCUAGCAUGAAUGAAUUCCAGUUCCGUGCCGGCGAAAUGAGCAACCGACAGGCACCGGCCCCACCCGCUACGGGACCGGGCAGUGACCAGGCCUUCGCCAUGACGGAAGCGCCCGUUGGUUCGCCCAUCGUCCGUGGUGGCACCACCACGCCCUCAUCCAACGACGCCGUGGUGACAACGGUCGCCAGCCGAACACCCUGCUCAUCCGGUUCCGGCAAGACCUGCAACCCCAAAGGUGGACCCGGUCUCAGCAAACAGCCAAACAUUGUUUUCUUCAUUGCUGACGAUUUGGGUCAUGCCGAUCUCAGUUACACGGAAGGUAACCUCCAGACCCCGACACCCAACAUCGAUAAACUGGCUUGGGAUGGUAUUAUCCUCCAUCGUCACUAUUCCAACCCGAUCUGCACGCCCACACGCUCUGCUCUGAUGACCGGCAAAUACACUUUCCGCAUUGGUAUGCAGACGGCCGCCAUCAGUGACGGUGAACCAUGGGGUGUGCCUCUUCAGUUCAAGUUCCUGCCACAGUACAUGAAGGAUCUCGGAUACGAUACCUAUGCUACCGGAAAGUGGCAUCUUGGACAGUACAACCGUGCCUCUCUGCCAUCUAGCCGUGGAUUUGACCAGUCUGUCAUGUUGAUGGCUGGAGAUGGCAACUGGUUUAACUACACCACCGGAUGGAUUACACCAUACCCCAUGGCUGGCAGAAUGAUCCGCGAGAACGGCAAGAUUCUGUUCGCCAACAUUACCAACAACAACUACUUCCCCGAGCUGUGUACCACCUAUGCCGAGAAGUGGAUUCGCAACCACAACCCCAACAACCCCUUCCUGUUGUACUUCGCUAGCACUGUGCCGCACACUGCCUUCGAAGACUACGGAGCCGUUAUGCACACCAUGCCUCAGUACCAACUCCGCCCACCGGUCUUCUCCUUCACCGACAAAUACCCAUCGCGCAAGAAGUGCAUUGCCACCAUCCAAGCGCUGGAUGAGCAGUUCAAGCGUGUCACCGACGCUCUGACCUACAAGGGCAUCAUCAACAACACCAUCAUCAUCUUCUUCGCCGACAACGGCGCUCCAAUUCCGUCGUCCUACCAGUUCGUCCACGGCAGCAACCACGGCAGCAACUGGCCGCUGCGUCAAGGCAAGGGUGUCAUGUUCGAGGGCGGAGUCCGCACCAACAGCUUCAUCUGGUCGCCGCUUCUGCCCAAACGUGGACGCAUCACCAACCAGCUGUUCCACGUCAGCGACUGGCUGCCCACCGUCUACGAAGCUGCUGGCGGAGAUGUCAACCAACUGGGUGACAAGCCGGGUGACCUUAGCGGCAUGAGCCAGUGGAAGUCGUUGUACAAUGGUUUGAACUACGGACCUCGAACUGAAUUAGUUAACAACAUCGAUACAAUCAAUCCUCAGUACGCUAUGAUCUACCAGGAUACUUAUGGUGGUUUGUACAAGAUCAUCGGCGGAAACAUUUUCGACAACUCUUUCUUGGGAUGGUACCGCACGCCCGAUACCUCGGACUCUAACCCACAAACCGUCUGGACGCCGGCUGCCACAGAAUGCAACUUCCCGGCUGGUGUGGAAGUUAGCAAAUGCGUUCCCCAUCUGUCUCCGUGCCUCUUCGAUUUGGUUAACGACCCUUGUGAACUGAACAAUAUUGCGGCCAGCUACCCAUCUAUGCUGCAGCUGCUUAGGGACAAAAUUACCGCGUACAACGCCACUGGUAUUCCCUCCGAAAUUAAACCAUUCGACCCGGCUGCCGAUCCCGGCAAAUGGGGAGGUUUCUGGGUGCCAUGGAAGGAUCCCGUGGAAGUUGUUGACAACCCACCGCUGACCUUUAUGCCAUUCAACCCGUCCAGCUCGUAUUAAGAGCUCACUAUUUUGGUGGAGUAUUUGUAUGGAUGUUUUUUCUACGCACUUCGUUGUUCAGUUACAUUGACACAGUAUGUUGUAAAUUUUAUUUUGCGGACUGAUACAUAGUUGUAUGAUAUUUUGGACAAUGCAUUUUCAUGCUGGUUUUACCCAAAGUGGCCCAACAACUAUGAGAAUGUUUUUGAGAAUAUCAAUUUGGCCAAAGGUUUUGUGAUAAAAAGCUCUGAAGUUG